AUGAAUGAGAAGGAAGAAGAUAACCAAGAUCGCUCUGAUAAUGCUCUACUGAAGAAAACAACUGAAGAUUCCACUCAAAAUCAAUAUGAGAAAUUUCACUCAGAAAAUGCUAGCAACAAGAGGGGAGAAGCUUUGAAUAUCAAAAAGACUCGCAAGAAAAGACGUACGUUUAGUUGCGAAUUGUGCAGAAAAUUCAAGACUAGAUGCGACUUCGAGCCUCUUACUGGCAAGUGUCACCGCUGUAACGUUCUUCAACUUGAUUGUUCUCUGACCGAAGAGCGUGAGUGUGAAAUUAUAGCAGCAGUUAGAGACAAAUCUGGUUCAAUAGGGCUCAGAGACGGAAGCAGUGAUACUAACGAAGCCCUACAUGCUUCCGACCAUUCCCAGUUGGUUAUAUCGAGCAUCCGUCUCACAGAACAGCUGGAGAGACGUCUAAGCAAAGUCGAAAGUCACUUUGAAAGUCUGGAUAACAAACUAGACCUUGUUCUAGGACUCCUACGAGAGCCCUCCGAUGGUAGUGUCAAAACGAUGACCAAGCUGGACCCUCAUUUACCGGGCUUCGAUGACUUUUCGAAAGGAAUGUCCCCACUAACCGCAUCUAAAUAUGGCAGUCAGUUUAGAAGAGCCAGUCAUUCGCUUACCGACCGAGUGUUGAAGGACCCUCCGCUGAAACUUAUUGGCAAUAUUGACAAUAGAUUAUUUCCAAGAGAAGCCAGAUCAAAACAAGAUCAGUAUGCAAAACAGCAACGGCCGUUCGUGGUAGCAAGAGUCAACUUUUUGCACUUUUAUGAAAAGCAUGAAGAAUUAUGCCUUAAGCUAUCAAAGGAGUUUUUAAUCAGAUCUCACUUUUGGAUUGUACCAGGAGGCAUCAAAGAAAUCGACGAUGAUUAUGUUCGGAAACAUGUUUUCAUCACCAGCGUCUUCACCAUAAUAGCAAUGAGUUUUGAUGAUAACGAGAAAUAUGCUAGCGAACAGGAAAUGCUCUAUCCCUUGGUAGAGAGAUUUCUGACAAACACUCUUACGAUGUUUGAAAACCUGAUAGCUCAUGACAUUGAGGCCAUAUUGUAUUGCUGCAUGUUUCACAUCUCGCGAAAAGCUAAAAGACACCGGCAGCUACAAUUCAACUCGUUGGUUCUUAGCGAUUUUGCUCUUAAUUCAUUUUUGAGCAUCUUUAAUUUUAAUAAACUCAAGAAGAGAGUUGUAGUGGAAGAAAUUUAUGACCCGACAGACCUCUAUUAUCUCAGGAUUUUAAAUUCUCUCACUGCAUGCAAGCUUGAAUAUGCCGUGAGCUAUGGAUGCUAUUCGACUCUUGAUGAUUCAACAAAGGAGCUGAACAACUUGACUGCUAAAUUUCCUCAGUCGAACUUUGGUGACGAUAUCAAGAUCAGCGAGAUUAACUUGGGAGAUAUAGUUAACAGCAUAUUCGUCAAUUUCGAGGAGUUCUACGAAACUGCUAGAGAUAGGCUUCAUGACACCUUAGAAAUCUCAGAUGCUACACAAAAUUCUGAUUUAUUGGCUUUUUCAGAGCUUACCUAUUGGGUUACCAACUGGAAAGAAUUACUGAGUAAGGAUGGUGCAGGUGUCUUGCUUUUCACGUUUGAUUACUAUUAUAUCAUGAUUUGCCGAUCGUUUAUAUCCGAAUUCCUUAGCGACAUAAGGACCAACCCAGCUUUUAUGGCUCGCACUCUCAACACCAUGAAAGAGCAUGCUUUUUCACUAAUCAAAGGCUUUCUCAGGUUACCACCAUCGUUGAUCAAAGGUGCUCCCAUUUUGACGUCACAUCAGUUGGUGUAUGCUUGUCUUGCACUCUGCGACUUUCUCGACUGGUUUCCCUCGUCAGAGAGGCAGUCAGUGCUAAACAUCUGCACUAGAGUUUACUGGCACCUAAACACCAUCGGUGAGAAGAAGAACGAGGCGACAGAUAAUGUUGGCAAGAUUAUAAAGUCUAUCAUCGAUACGAGCAGAUAUAGAGUAAGCAAGGGCCAGCAGAUAUCUUCAUUACCCUCAACAGGCCCGACGAGAGAAAGAACAAGCAGCAACAAAAUCAAUUUUACAACCGACCCACCAAAAGCUGAUCCUCAAGUAAGUGUCCACUCUCGGAAUAGUCCUUCCGAAACCACGUCGACUGCAGGAAAUUUCAUGAUGCCAGACGUAGACCAAUUCAACUCGUUUGAAGAGUUUUUCCAAGACUUCUUCGAGAAUCUUAAACCUACCACUCAGCAGAUCUUUUCCUCUCAGAAGAAUCUGGUCCCAUGA